GAUACAGUCCCCACAACUCGGACCACCGACACGUGUAGAAGUGAAAACCAUGGUCAUCAAAUUUGUGGUACUGGUUCUGUUGGGAGGCCUGCUUGCCCUGCUACAGAGGAAACAAGUGGAGGCCAAGUCCCCCCACAUUUUGUUCAUUGUGGCCGAUGAUCUGGGUUGGAACGAUGUUGGAUUUCACAACCCCGCCAUGAAGACCCCAAACAUCGACAAACUAGCGAGGGAGGGUCUGAUUCUGAACCAGACAUACCUCCAGCCUCUGUGUAGUCCGUCGCGCCAUGCCCUCAUGACGGGGUACUACCCAUACCACGCCGGUCUACAGCACUUGGUUAUUCUGCCAUGGCAGCCUGUCUGUUCUCCGCUAAAGAUGAAGUUUUUACCCCAGAGAAUGAAAGACAUUGGAUAUGCCACACAUAUGGUUGGAAAGUGGCACCUGGGAUUCUGCAGCUGGAACUGUACCCCCACCUACCGUGGGUUCGAUUCUUUCUUUGGUUAUUACAACGCUCAGGGGGACCACUACUCACACACCUGGUACAAUUAUCUUGAUUACCGUGACAACGAGAAACCGGUGAAGAACCUCAAUGGAACAUACUCCACGUAUACGUUUGUAUCUAGAGCUCAAGACAUCAUCAAGAAACACAACUCUAGCCAGCCAUUGUUUCUUUACAUGGCCUUCCAAAAUGUCCACGAUCCAAUUCAGGUUCCCAAACAGUACGAAGACAUGUAUCCAAAUAUCAAAACACAGGGAAGGAGACAGUUCUCUGGAAUGGUGUCGGCAUUGGACGAGGCUAUAAGAAACAUCACGGACCAACUCCGGGAGUCGGGGAUGUACGACGACACCCUCAUUGUCUUCACGUCAGACAAUGGUGGUUGGCCAAAAUAUUACGGCAACAACUACCCGUUAAGGGGCGGAAAGUUCACGGUCUAUGAAGGGGGUACUCGAGUGGUGUCCUUCGUCCACGGGGCGGGUCUACAGAAAACGGGAGAGGCCUACGAGAGUAUAAUGCAUGCCGUCGAUUGGUCCGAUACCCUUGUUGAGGCCGCAGGGGGGAAACCAGAUUUGAUGGGUGAUGGAGUCAGCCAAUGGUCUUCCAUAGCCAACAACUUUCCGGGCCCUCGAACGGAGCUCGUGUAUAACUUUGAUUCUGAUCUUGCCCCGGAAGAAGGUCAUGCAGCCAUAAGAGUGGGUGACUACAAGUUGAUAGACGGCUACCCCGGCCUCUAUCCAGACUGGUACAAACCCGACCAGUUAUAUAAAUUCAAACCGGAACCGUCCAUACCGGAAAUGCAAGCACACGCCGGAAGAUACCAACUCUUCAAUUUGAAAGAUGACCCAACGGAACACAACGACUUGUCUAAAUCCAGACCGGAUAUUGUGACGGAGAUGAGUGAGAGACUGAGGCUGUUGACACAGAAUGCAGUCCCCCCGAAUUAUCCGCUGGUCCCUGAUCCUAAGUCUAACCCCUCCAAAUUUGAUGAUGUCUGGUCUCCAGGAUGGUGUUAAAUUUUAAAGUAUAUUUAGUGAAUACCUUCUAUUUAAUAAAGAACAGAUUGACAACUGUACAGAA